AAGCGGAACCUGUGUGAAGCUACCAGCGUGUCUCGUGUGUUGGUGAUAUAAAAAUAUAUAAACUCAGCCACUUGAACAUGGUGUCAGAAGUGAACCCAGGAGGGGUUUGAACUGAAGAACUCAGGAUAAAAAUAAUAGUGUGGAUUUUGCCGCUCGUAGUCGCCAUCGAAGUCCGGGACGGCCGCCAUGAGUCGAUUCCAGGUACCCCCACCUCAGAAGUUUUCCUUCAAGGCAGAUGACUGGCCUAAGUGGAUAAAGCGUUUUGAAAGGUUCCGGAUUGCGUCUGGUUUGGAGACUCAAGCCGAGGAGAACCAAGUGAACGCGCUGAUUUAUUCCAUGGGGGAGGAAGCCGAGGAUAUUCUGGUCUCGCUGCACCUGAGUCCGGAGGAGGCAGUCGACUUCCACACAGUCAAGACAAGGCUGGACACUCAUUUCGUGGCUCGCAGAAAUAUAAUUUUUGAAAGAGCAAAGUUCAACCAACGACAGCAGGAGAUGGAAGAGACGGUCGACAGCUUCCACACUGCGCUGCAAUGCCUGAAAGUAACGUGGAAGUCUGCUUUGCUCAGCAUCAUGGAGCAUCUGGAUGAGGAACAAUACGAGAAGAUGUUGCUGCAUCUGGAAAAGAUUCCAAAAGGAAAGAAGACAGUAUCCAGGCAGCAGAUGGUGCAAAAGAUCAUCGAGUUCUAUGGAGAGGAGGAAUCUAUCAUCGUGGUGGAUGACAUUAUGAAGAACAUUCCCAGGAACGACCGUGCAGUCCAGGAGCCGCUGCAGCCCUUUGUGGGGAAGAAGAAAACAGGGGAGAAGAGGAAACAAGAGGCUGACCCCGAACCAGAAGAGAGGAUCCUGCAGCAGAAAUCUGCAGCUGGGAAGAAGAGGAAACAGGAGGCUGAUCCCGAACCAGAAGAGAGGAUCCUGCAGCAGAAAUCUGCAGCUGUUUCUUUGACAGGCUCAGAGAAGAACCAGGUGGUGGAGGAUUCUUCAGGCAAAACAGAAGAUCCAGGCUCAGAGAAGAACCAGGUGGUGGAGGAUUCUUCUGGCAAGACCGAAGAUCCAGAAUAUCUGAAGGACCCCCAACCUGACAAGGUGACAUCAUCAUCCCCGUGGAGGAUAACUAUUGCAGAGUUGAAGAGUGAUGUCCUUGGUGAGCUUGGCCAGAAAAGCGUUGUUGUUGGAAAAGUUUUGGUGAAAUCUGCCCUGCGUACAUAUAAAACCAAGGACAACGAAAAGAAGCCCUUCUUCCAACUGGGAAUUGCUGAUGACAGCGCCUGCAUCAGGGUGAUGGUGUACGGAGAAGAGAAAUUUCCUUUUUUCAAGGAGGAAGGCUACUACAACUUCAGAAACGUGAGGGUGGAAAAAGUAGAGAUCAAUAACAGGGUCUUGCAUGAAAAAACGAUGAAAUUCAGCAGUCGAAGCAAUACUUCAAAGGCAGGAAAGUUUGAUAUUCCCCAAGAUCUGGAGCUGGAGGCUCAGAUGCUGGUCUAUGGACAGCGUCCAGUUGUCUCCAUCGAAGCGAUCAAACAUCUGGAACCGAGGAGUAGAGUCAGUGCAGAGGGAACCGUGAAAGAGAUUUGGGAUAUCCACUCUCGUAAGGUGGAGGGAAAACUCAAGAAGAAACAGGAGUUUAAACUUGAGGACACGACCGGCUCCAUCAUCAUCACUUUGUGGGGCCAAGACAUCCAGCAGCUCAGAGAUGUUUCAGUGGGAGAUUUAGUCAGAGUGACCAAUGUGACGACCAAUCACUAUCAUGAAACCAUCUCACUGAACUCCACAGUUUUUACCAAAAUCUUCAAGUUGCAAAGCACCUCCUACAAGGACGUCCAGAUAGAAAUCAUCGGCAUUAAAAGUGCAGGGGUCCAGCAGACGGAGGUGGACGUCUGGAUAAACGGGGAGGUCAACACGUUCAUCGUGGAUUCUGCAGUCCUCGCUGAAGAGCUGGGUAUCCAGCAGGGAUCCGACUUUGAGGAGAGGCUUUUGGAGAAAAUCCCUCAUCCAGCUGAAGUUGAUAUAACAGGAAACACAAUACUGAAGCUCAGGGGAAUGAAGGAGGAGUCAAAAGUUCAGAUGAGGGUGUAACUUAAAAGAAAAUUAAAAGUUUGCAUUACCUAUAA